UAAGUCUCGCGAUGUUGCGUCUCUGGUUCUAAAAACGCUGUUUUUAACUUGCAAGACAGAUGUCAACUUCCUCGACAAGUAUUUCCAGAGGUAUCAGGAAACAAGUUAAGCGACAGCAAUUUUCGGGGCUUUCUGAUAAAAUGAGACUCAGCAUCCGACUUGCUUACCUUUUCAUGUAUAACCUGCUUCAGUUCUGUGGACACACAUGGAUAUUUGCAAACAUGACGGCCAGGUUUCUCACAUUUGGGAAAGAUGCCCUUGUCGACACUUUUUACACGGUGGGGGUCGUGAUGAGUGUGUGCCAGCUGUUGUCCGUUCUGGAGCUCUUCCACAUCGCCGAUGAGAUCGUUAAGGGACACCUUCUGCUGCGUUUCUUCCAAGUAGUCUCACGGAACUUUCUACUGUUCGUGGUGAUCAUUGGUCAAGAGGAGGUCCAGAGAGAACCAGUUGUGUGUUCCCUGUUUUACCUGUGGAAUACUCUAGAUCUUUUAAGGUAUACCCACGUACUCCUGAGUUUGGUGGCUUUGCGUUCCUUUCCCAUGCUGUGGGCUCGGUACACUCUGUCCAUCCCCGUCUACAUAUUCUCAGUCAUCACCCAAGGCAUGACAAUUUACCAAGCACUACCUCACUUUGAGUCAAUGGGAACAUACUCAUUUGAGCUCAGUUUGCCUUCGCCUGUAUACGUCCACUUCUCCAUUCUGCUCAAGGCGUAUUUACCUUUACUGGCUGUUGGGGCUUGUGUUAUAGUGUCGCAUUCAGUGAAGGAGAGAAAACUGCAACUUGAGAACUGGAACAAGAAGAUUAAAAGAAAAUGAUGUGGACUGAUUCGUCUUGUCAGACAUGUAUCUUUUUGAACUUGCAUAUGACCCCUCCUUCAAAAUGACAACAGUAUCCUCCCGAGAAGGAUUCUUUCAAACAUAAUCAAAAU